AUGCGAACGUGUGUGCACCUGCGGCAGCCGUGUGUGCGUGUCAGCCUGUGUGCUGCGUUGCUCGGAGUCGGUCCCGGUCUGUCGGUGGCGGUGCCGGUCGGAGGCGGGAAGCGGCGGUGUUUGGAGACAUGCCUAAAGAAGGACGCCGUUCUUCCGCAUUCAACGAAGGACGCCGCGCUGGGUGAGUUUUGUUCCCGGUUGGAGACAGCGACUAAUCCCGGAGUGCGGCUGGUUCUUGGCUUCCUCCUGGCCUCGGUUGAGUGUGAGCCUGUGUUAGUACAUCCGGGUGAGGAGGAAGGUCUGGUGGCGCCGAAGUAUUUAGUGUGGGCUUACGACGUAUUGCGUUAUGGUUGGGAGCACUUGGUGCCUUUUGAUUGUCUCGGAUCAUCUGUAUUUGGCUUAGCUCGAAGAGCGGCGGUGUGGAAGACCUGUGGAAAGAGGAAUUGGUCACUCGAACCACAUUGUUACAACGUGGGUGUGGCCAAGGGAACGGCUGCCCAGUGGGAUGUGAUGCGGUUUGUCGAGUGGUUGGCCUCAAGACGUAAGGAUGAUGUUGGUUGUGUGGCGCCUUACCACCCCAAUCACUCGCUCCCUAAAGAACGUGUCGCCGAAGCAAUCUUUGACCUCUUGCGCGGCUGGCGUCAUUUCACCGCCGACGCACCUCUCGCCAGAGUCAUUCGAGGCUGGUGGAAGACCCGCAGCACUCUCUUCCAAUCCCGCACACCCCUCCCCCAUUUCGCCGCCGUCUCGCGCUCCCAAUUCGAAGGACUCUUUGUCACACUUCUCGGCAACACACAUACACCACCAGAACAAAUUCCGGCCGUCAUCCGUAAAGCAUUCCGCAAAGCACGCAUAAACUCCACUCUCGCCGGACUGCAACCGAAACCCGGACUCGAACCGGGGACUUUGGCUUCGGAGCCCGCACUCACGGCCGGUUGCGGUAUGGUCCGGUGGUCCGAGGUUGCCCGACGCUGCGUGGGGUCGUCCGGGGUUCUAAGCGAAACGGUUCCGGCGCAGCUUAGGAGUGCUAACGGUGAAAGGUUCGACAUAGCGACGACCGAGGAGGCCGCAAUUCGGCUGCCGCCGCCUUUACUGGUUUGGUCGUACGACGUACUCUUCAAGGGCUGGUGGAUGGCCGUACCGCCACUUCUGCGGUCGCGAAAAGGACAGUUGUCCCUCUUUGGUCUCGCCCACGCUGUGGCCCAGAUGAAUGGCAGCAACUGGAUUCCCUCUGUGGCUGCCGCUUGCUACGCCUGCCGCGAAGGCGGUGUACAUUCCACCAUCGCUGGCCAGUGCGAUCGCUGCGACAGCCCCUGGAGUCCCGAUGACUUCUGGAACUGGCUGCAACUCAGACACCUUCUCAUCACCCGCAAUCCAGCUCCUCCGCAACUGGACGCAGAAAGGUCAACACAAAAUUCACGGGAAACCUCAGAGGGUGCAUGCCACACACAGAAAGUGACCGGUUCAGAAACAAAAAACACUUUAGCAGCAGUAGAACGGCUCCUCAAUGAGAUUGGGUUCGAAAUGCCCGAGCGAAUAAAGGGUCAAGAACGAUGGCCCCUACCACUAAGGUACCAAGCCUCCCAGGAUUCCUAUGCCGCACACUUGCAGAACUGGUGGGCGACCCGUGUCUCAGAACCCCCGUCACGGGAACGCGGACUAACCGCCUGGGAAGGCGAACGCCUAAUCCUAAUCAACUCACUAGACCCUGAAGCCCUGAGUCCCGAAGAUCUGGUCGCCGAAACCCUUGCCUAG